AUGGCAAAGUACAUAGCCCAGUUGAUUUUGGCUGGCACUCAAGUGGUGGCCAGAGCUUUCGCAAGAGCAAUCAAGCAAGAAAUUGAAGCAUCUCAGCAAGCUGCACAGAAGAUGAACCAGGCCAAGACGAGAGGCGAACGGAUGGCUAAUCACAAAUUAGGGCUCUCACUCGAGGAAGCACAGCAAAUCUUAAAUGUUAGGAAGUUAGAUAAGGAAGAGGUCGAGAAAAGGUUUCAGGCACUAUUCAAAUCCAAUGAAAACACUUCAUUGUACAUACAAUCAAAGAUUGUGAGAGCUAAGGAGCGAUUGGACCAUGAGUUAACUAAUAUAGAACAAGGAUCAGGGCAGAAGCCAAAAGAAAAUGAAGCAGGAAGUAAAACGUAA